AAAAAAUAAUUAUAAAAAAAAAAAUUCCUCUCCCCCUUCUCUCUCUCUUAAAAAACGUCACUCUCCUCAAACAAAAGUGGCGUUUACAGAAAUAAUAUCUAUUAAUAGGGCGGAUUUUUUUUUUUUAAGGAGCAAUGUCAAAUCUUUGUAUCUGACCUGCUUUAACAACUCAAAUUUUAUUUUGGUUCAAAUUUAUCUUUUUUUUUUCACUUUUUACUUUUUUUUUUAUAUAUUCUUUUUUCCAAAUAUAUACAUCAUGUCUUUUGCAGUAGAGAAUCUCUCUAAUGAUUUAAAUAGGUUGAAUUUCUCAACACCUCAUACUGCUUGGUUAAGCGGUAGUCAAAGAACAAGUAACCGUAAUUUACAAUGCGUCUCUAGUGACGACGAUGAGGAUGAUGAUGAAGAAGUGGUAGAUAGUGAAGAUGAAGAUGAUGAUGGUUUACUUACAAAACCCACACUCAUCAAGAAAAAAUCAAACGUUCCUUUGCCAAGCGAUGAAGAAGAUGAAGGCGAUGAUGAUGUGGUAGAAGAAGAAGAGGAUGAAGAUGAUGAUAACUGUGUCUUAUUUAAUAAUGGAAAGAAGGAGAUUGAUGAUGAUGAUCAAGUACUUGGGCAACACUUGAGACAUCCUUCUUCUUCUUCUAAUUUAGAUGCACCCCCUACGCAUCUGCAUCAGUUUCAGCAAUAUCAGCAACAACAAAUGGCAUAUCAGUACAGUAUUCAACAACAACAACAAUACAAUUAUCAGUUAAGACUACAACAACAACAACAUCAGCAACACCAACAACAACAAGGGGGAGGAGGAGGGGGAGGAAAGAAACAAAUGAGAAUGACAAACAUGUCCGGUAUGGACUUAUUAAUCCAACGAGAACAAGAAAAAGCCGAAUCAAAGCGACAAAAGCCCAAAUUAAACCCAAGUAAAGUAAAAAUAGAAGGGUUGCUAGGUAAAUUACCUGAAGCUGGUUCUCAUAAUAUUAAUUUUCAACAAAUACAACAACAACAUCAGCAACAACAACAACAACAACAACAACAAUCAAAGAAGAGAUAUCAUAAUCCAUCCAUGUACGAUUAUUACGCUAAUGGCAGAUCUUCGGUUCCACCCAUGAUGUAUCCUCAACAACAACAGCAACAGCAACCACAACAACAGUUUUAUCAGUUGCCUGCUUUUAUGAGUAAUGAUAAUUUAUAUACUUCCAUUAUACAACAACAACCACAAAGACCUGCAAGUUCAUUUCAACAUCAUAAACAAAGAUCUCAUGGAGAAUAAAUCAUUGUACUUUCUUUCUUAAUUUAAUAAUAAUAAAAAACAACAACACCAACCCCCCAAAAAAACCUUAAAAUAAGGGGGGGAGGAGAUGGUUGCUCAAUCUAA